AGGAGGGCGGAGUGUGUUUGUCGCUGAAGUGUGAGCUGAGACUCUGUACAUCCCAGUAAUCGGAUUUUUUUUAAAAGCCCGGUGUCGAUCUGCUUUAUGUCAAGCGAUCCCUAGCUGAGAACGGCAUCAGGAAACUAAUGUCUUAUGAGCAAUGAUCUCUAGUUUCAUGUACGGAUCUAAAUGAUUUUCCCGCCGCUAUAAUAAUAUACAAACGUAAACAAGCUCGACCCGCUCUGUAACUGGAAAAGGGGUUUUUUAACCUGGCGGAACCGAGACCAUCUUUACCAUAUACUCAAGAGCCGACGGGAAAAGACGUCUGGAUUCACUUAUCCACAGGUGAACGCGAUCCGGUGCGCUAAUUAAUCCAGCAUUUACCCCUUUGCUCUUGCGUAUAAACUGAAAUAUCCUAUUCAAUCCAGACGGGAAGAGGUAUGGCUGUUUAUCUGCUUUCGUUACUCUUGCGAGUGGGAUUUGUUAUCGGAUCGAAUUAUAGGCAUGAUAAAUGGUCAGACCAUGAGAGGAAGUCUGAGAUCAGAGCAAAGCAGCUUAUCUAUAACACUCCUAUUAACAGCCAAGAACAGCUUCAUCAUUUGCCUCGUCUGUUUAAACCCGGAAUGGAGCAAUCUGCCUUCCUACAGAAAAUCGAGGAGGAUCUGCCCAAGGUGGUCAUGGCUUUCCUUCACACAGGAGAUCCGUCGACGUUGAGGCACGCAAACUGUUCCAGAAGAUAUGAGUUGAGCGGUCUCCGCGGUCCAGCAUACACUAGUCCACACUCGUCCCUGCGCAGUGUGCUUGACGCGGUGGCACAAGCCGCCAACUUCUUGAACGUGAUCCUGCAAGCCAACAGGUCAAGACUGCACAGCCUGCAGGGGGACUCUGAGUGGUACCGGGCGCUGGUCCGCAGCAUCCUGGAAGGGGAUCACAAAAUUCAGCGGGCUGUCCUCACGUUCAACAAAGAUCCGCCAUUGCCGGGACACCACACCUUCCUCCAGGCUACCAGAACAGCGAGUGGUAUUGUUCUCCAAGACCUCUCGUCCACGGCCCACCAUCGCCUGAGAAACAAGACCGUGGAAACAGAGUGGUUCAGUGAGAUCCGAGACAGACGCAAGCCCCACCUCCACCGGAGGGUCUUGAGCCAAGAAAUAAAGUCUCCCGAUGUAUCUUUGAGAGGAGACAGCUAUGUCCUUGAUAAAACUGAGAUCAAGUGGUCAGCACCUUUCCUUGAGUGUGACAAAGGGACCUUCAUUCCUCAGUGGCUCCUCACCCUAUCAGCUGGCUUCUAUGGUCUGAAACAGAAUCAGGUUCCGGAAUUCAGGGGUGUGGUCCGGGUGGACGUCAGCCUUCAGGAUCUGGACAUCGACCAAUGCUCCAGCAGCGGCUGGUUUGCUGGGACUCACCGAUGUAACUCCACCAGCAUGGAGUGCGUGUCCCACCCAGGCCAUGGCUUCGUGCUGGACAAGUACAGGUGCGAGUGCAAGGAGGGCUUCUAUCACCCGAGCCGAGUGACCACCAGCAGCUUCAAAAGGAAGGCGGAAAGGGCGGAGUCUUCAGGGAGGGACUCCUGGGAGGCCUCCAGCCACUGCCUGCCGUGCCGCGAGGGCUGCGCCUACUGCAAGGACGACACACCGUGCCACACGCAUGCCGACGGGCCCCUCCGCGUCGCUGUUGUCGUCUUCCAGGGGCUCUGCAUGCUGGCUGAUUUCUUCAGCAUGGUGGUGAUCUAUCGUUUCCGUGGCAACAAGUGCAUCAGAGCAUCGGGACUCGUGCUCCUGGAAGCCAUCUUGUUCGGCGGGCUGCUGCUGUAUUUCCCCGUUCUCAUUCUAUACUUUCAGCCCAGCACGUUCCGUUGUAUCCUCCUCAGAUGGGUUCGCCUUUUGGGCUUUGCUAUUGUCUAUGGGACGGUGACGCUCAAACUUUACAGGGUUCUGAAGGUGUUCCUGUCACGCACGGCACAGCGGAUCCCCUACAUGACCAGUUGGAGGGUUCUCCACCUGCUCGCCGUCAUCCUUCUCGUCGCCUGCUGGUUCCUGGUGGCCUGGACCUUAGCCGUCUGCCAGAAUCUGGAACGGCAUGUACCGCUUAUUGAUGUGGGCCUUACAGCUGAGGGCCUGCAGUUCAGCAUGUGCCUGCUAGACCGGUGGGACUACAUGAUGGCCAUUGCCGAGCUGCUCUUCCUCCUGUGGGGCGUGUACCUCUGCUACGCCGUGCGGACAGUACCCUCCGCUUUCCACGAGCCGCGCUACAUGGCCGUCGCUGUGCACAAUGAGCUCGUCAUCUCCGCAGUCUUCCACGUGGUCAGAUUCACAGCCGCCUCUGGACUCCACCCUGAUUGGACGCUGAUGCUGUGGUUUGCCCACACACACCUGACGGUGACAGUGACUAUCGGUUUGCUGCUCAUUCCAAAGUUCCUGUUCGCGGGCGCGCCCACGCGGGACGACAUCGCCACGGAGGCGUAUGAGGAUGAGCUGGACAUGGGUCGGUCCGGGUCCUACCUGAACAGCAGCAUCACUUCUGCCUGGAGUGAGCACAGCCUGGACCCUGAGGACAUCCGGGAGGAACUGAAAAAGCUGUACGCCCAGCUCGAGGUCUACAAGAGGAAGAAGAUGCUGGCCAACAACCCCCAUCUGCAGAAGAAGAGGAGCUCCAAGAAGGGUCUGGGGCGUUCCCUCAUGAGGCGCAUCACAGAGAUCCCAGAAUCGGUGAGCCGGCAGUGCAGCAGGGAGGACAAGGAACUGGGGGAUCAUGGGAGUAACAGGAACAGCAUUUGCACCCUGAGAAAGAACCCAUUUGAGCCCUCCCACUCCAGCAAGCCCAAGGAGGAUUCCUUGAAGAACAUAGUCUUCUCCCUCAAGAAGUCCCAUAGUAGCUACGAUCAUGUAAGGGACCAAAGUGAGGACUCCAACAGUUCAGCCACUGAUAAGAUGGAGGUCUCCAAUGAGAACUCCCUGCUGGAGUCUUUGAUGGGCAAGAAGCUGGUUAAGAAAAAAUCUGCAGAGAAGAUCGAGGCCGAAUCCACAGAGUCUGUUCCUCUGGUGUGCAAGUCUGCCAGUGCUCACAAUCUGACUGCCGAUAAGAAGCCACUGCACCCCCGCACCUCUAUGCUACAGAAAUCCCUCAGCGUUAUCGCUAGCGCUAGGGAAAAAACUUUGGGGUUGGCGGGGAAAGCCCAGAAUGUGGAGGAAAACAAUAAGAAGAACCAUCAGAAGAGCAGAGAGGCCAAGACCCACCCAGACAUGGAAGAGAAACUGCCUGAAGAUUCCAUCGCCAUGACUCCAAGUCAGUAUGCGGAGAACAAGCAGCUGACCAGCAAGACCGGUAUAAUCAAACCCCAGGUUAGUGGAGGCCAGUCGUCCAUGUCCAGUGAAAUUUGGAAGAACAAAGAUCUAUACGACCUCUCUGAAGUAUGUCCUUGGGAAGUGGAGGACCUCACCAUGCCAUCUGAAAGCAAAAUGCAGAAACAUGUCUCCAUUGCUCCAGAGGAGACUACUUCAGUUCAUGGAAGUGGCACUAGAGGUAAGACAAAGCAGAAGUUAAGAGUCAUGGAUGAACCUUUGUCAAACAGCAGACAUUCUGGCCAGAUAGCAGCUGAGGGAGAAUUGUGUUUCCAGGACCCAGAGGGCGAAAACUGGGGCCUGGGGGAUGGGACCAAACCUCCCACCACUGGUCAUUCUGUUCCAGCACAUUCUGCUGGGGAGAGCAAUAAAGCUGACAUUUGCCCUUGGGAUUUUGAAGAAUUGCCAGUAAAGCAAGUCACAGGGGUGAAAUCAUCAGAGAAAGACAGGGGCAAGGGUGACACGUUGGUAGAAGCUGCAGGAGAGAGUCUUCGCCAGGAUCACCCAAAAUCUAAGCCCACAACACGGGUGGACAUUUGCCCCUGGGACCACGAUUGUCCAACAUCUCCAAAUUCUGAGAGGGGUUCCAGUCUAGCACAGUUUUCAAAAGUAAAGGACUCUGUCUCAAAAAAGAGAGGUACAUCUUUGUCAAAGAUGGCAGAGAUGGAGAAAGAGAAGCCAAAGGAGAAGAAUAAUGAAAAAGGGAGACAGAAAAUGAGGGAGAGCAGAGAGAAAUGGCCCAGCCAAUCGAAAAUAGAAGAGGUCUGUUCCUGGGAUGUGGAGAGCCCUAAAGAGACAUUGCCUAGAGACAUGCCAAAAAGCUCAAUUAAUAAACUGGGCGUUGCCCAAAAUAAACAAGCUGAUAUUUGUCCAUGGGAUUUUCAAGAUGAAUCAGAUAAUAAAGAACAGAACAGAAAUCCAUCUGCUGCAAAACAAAGCUCUCCAAACUUCAAAGGAGGUGCUUCUGGAAAGGCCAGAUUGGCGGACGUUUGCCCCUGGGACUUUGAUGAGCCAACAUCAGGGAAAAGCGCAUGACACUUGAUGUGGCUGGACAUCUCAAAAUGAAUGUCCCAUUAGAUAAUUGUUUUUUCAUUGAUAUGAAACCCUCAAACCUUUACUAACAUUAUCACAACUUGGGCAUUCCUUGGGAAGGAAUUCCUUUGGAAGGAAUUUUGCCCAAGUUGCCUUUUCCUUCCAGUGUUUUAUUUUGUCCUUUUUUGAGAAAAAAAAACAAAGGAAAAUAGUGUCUUAUAUUAAGCAUUCCAGAUUCAUACUGAGUAUUUGCUUGAAUUCUUAGAUUAGUGUGGAUCUUACAAUUAUGCAACUCUGAGUCACUUUAUCCUCCAGUGAAGAACACCUUACGAACUGCUCUCAUAAUCCACCUCAGCCUCUCAGAUCAUCAUAGAGCCACUCCUCAAAUGCAUUGCACCACCAUCAAGUUCAUUAAAUGGUAAAACUGUAGCCUGCUGGAGCAAACUGGACCUGAAAGUAUGUAAAUAAUGUCCUCAUGCUAACAUGCUGCAUAUACAUUGUACCGCUGAAUGUGAUUUUGGCAGUUUAGCAAAGACUGGAGCUUAGUACCAACUGAAGAUGAAUGCCAAAGAUGUAGUUUGAUAUAUACAUUCUUAUUUUGUGAACUGACAUAAGACAGAGCAUUUUAUUGUCUAACUAGCAAAGAAUUAACAAGAUUAUGUGCCUGGAGAAUGGAGUUUUAGCACUUGAAAGCAUAACAUGUUAGUCUAAAAUAAUAUGUAUCUAAAGUUAUAUGUCUUAUGCUGGAAGAUUAACAGAAUGACAUGAUCUGUUGAACUGAUCUGUUGUUAACUGCAAGAAUGACCAAACAUGUUGAUGGGAAUUCAGUAAAUACGAUGAAAAUUCAUAUGUAAAAUGAGAAUUCAGUAAAUACGAUGAAAAUUCAGAUGUAAAAUGGGAAUUCAGUAAAUACGGUGAGAAUUCAAAUGUAAAAUGAGAAUUCAGUAAAUACGAUGAAAAUUCAGAUGUAAAAUGGGAAUUCAGUAAAUACGGUGAGAAUUCAAAUGUAAAAUGGGAAUUCAGUAAAUGCGGUGAGAAUUCAGAUGUAAAAUGGGAAUUCAGUAAAUACGGUGAGAAUUCAUAUAUAAAAUGGGAAUUCAGUAAAUACGAUGAGAAUUCAGAUGUAAAAUGAGAAUUCAGUAAAUACGAUGAAAAUUCAGAUGUAAAAUGAGAAUUCAGUAAAUACGAUGAAAAUUCAGAUGUAAAAUGGGAAUUCAGUAAAUACGGUGAGAAUUCAGAUGUAAAAUGAGAAUUCAGUAAAUACGGUGAGAAUUCAGAUGUAAAAUGAGAAUUCAGUAAAUACGGUGAGAAUUCAAAUGUAAAAUGGGAAUUCAGUAAAUACGGUGAUUCAGAUAUAAAAUGGGAAUUCAGUAAAUACGGUGAGAAUUCAGAUGUAAAAUGAGAAUUCAGUAAAUACGGUGAUUCAGAUAUAAAAUGGGAAUUCAGUAAAUACGAUGAGAAUUCAGAUGUAAAAUGAGAAUUCAGUAAAUACGAUGAGAAUUCAGAUGUAAAAUGAGAAUUCAGUAAAUACGAUGAGAAUUCAGAUGUAAAAUGAGAAUUCAGUAAAUACGAUGAGAAUUCAGAUGUAAAAUGAGAAUUCAGUAAAUACGAUGAAAAUUCAGAUGUAAAAUGGGAAUUCAGUAAAUACGAUGAGAAUUCAGAUGUAAAAUGGGAAUUCAGUAAAUACGGUGAGAAUUCAGAUAUAAAAUGGGAAUUCAGUAAAUAUGGUGAGAAUUCAGAUAUAAAAUGGGAAUUCAGUAAAUACGAUGAGAAUUCAGGUGCAAAAUGGGAAUUCAGUAAAUACGGUGAGAAUUCAGAUGUAAAAUGGGAAUUCAGUAAAUACGAUGAGAAUUCAGGUGCAAAAUGGGAAUUCAGUAAAUACGAUGAGAAUUCAGGUGUAAAAUGGGAAUUCAGUAAAUACGAUGAGAAUUCAGUAGAUACGAAGCUCCCUUCUUUGUGUCUGGUUGGCGUCAGAUGUGUCCUGCUGUCCUGGGUGGUGACAUUAUUUAUUUAAACAGGUCGACAGUCUGGUUCAGUUUGUUUUUUAAAGGUCAUGUUUAUCAUCCCUCGAGAUUUUUAUACACUCACUUUAUUUUUAUUAGCACCUGGGUUAUAAUUCUCACAAUCGUCGCCACUGUUAUAACAUAUUGUAUAUUAUUAUUACUUUUUUUUACAGAACAAUUUCGUGUAUGUUUUCAGCUUUUAUGCAUUGCAUUUUUACAUUAUUUAAUCCAACAAAUCCCAUAUAAAUAUAAAUAAAUCUUUUAGCACUAUGUCACCUAAACCAUCUCAAAUCAAUCAUUGAGUCAGCUAACAAUAUCAAACAAAUCAAUAUAGCUUGAAAAGCCCACUAAUUCCUGGAGGCUUCCAAAUGAACUUCAGUGUAAUUAAAUAUGAAGUAAAUUAAAUAAUGAAAUGUUUCAAUGUAGUUGCUAUGUUUUAGAAUAAAUAAAAUACUCUUUGUUAAAUGGUUCAUAAAGUAGAAAGGGUGUGUAGAUUUUUAUUUAUGUGUUUAUUUUUAUAUUGAAAAAUACUAGGAAAAAAAGUCUGUAUUUUUUUUUCAACAGAAAUAUAAUAUAUAAUAGUCUUGUUUAGCUGUGUGAAACUAUAUCUGAGAAUGUGCAGCAUCCUCUAACUUGCAUUGUGACGGUUUUCUUUUUUUUUUAACGUAUGAUAGUUUCAUGCCUUAAUUAGUCAUUAGUUGACUUUCUAACAACCAUGCAGAGGAUGUAGAGGCCAUGCAAUAAGGACUCAUCAGACCUAAUAACUCUGUAGCACUCUCUGCUGUCUCAUGUUCAGUAAUUUGAUACCGUUCUUUUUGGUUUAUGGAAUUUGCUGGAAUGUGUUGUUAAUAUAUAUAAAUAUAUUCUAGUACAUAAUACCUUGCUUUUUCAUUUGUUGAUAGUUUAAUGCUGAGCAAAUGUUUCAUGCAAUAUGUUCUUUUUAUUAUUUCGGGGGUUUGUUUACUUUAUUUACUUGUACCAAAGAAAUCAAUAAGUACAACUGCUUGGGUGUCAACUUUAACCUUCUUUUAUUUUAGCAGUUUAACCCUGUAUAACCCUUUACUGCCAGAUAAGCUUACAAAUGUACUUAAAAUAGACAGUGUCUACUUAGAAGCAUAACAGUGGUGUCUAAGUGAAUAUGAAUGUCGUCUUCCAUCAAAAUUACUCAGCUGAGCAAAUUCCUGUAAAAUGUGAUUCUCUGCCAAAAUCAUGAUAACUGGUUGAAGUCCCAAGGCUGUCAGAGGGUUCCCGCGAUCUUUACAUAUUUUUCUGAAGACACAAGGUGGCAUUUAAGGCCCUUUUUCUCAAGUGACUAUUUUAAAAUCGAAGGGACAGUAAGGUAUGUUGACCUGAAUAAAGUUAUUAGUCAGACAGUGUGGUAAAUAGUGUCAAAACUGGAAUGGAUGACUGCAGAACUCUUAGCUGUCCAACUAGGGGGUUAUCAGAUGCAUCAGACCCAAAGGUUUAAGCCCCUUGCAGUAUUAUAGUCACAGAACAGUCCCAUAUUGCAGUUUUCCAGCCUUUCCAUCUUUUUAUGUCGGUAGAGAGCAGUGCUAGUUAAUUCAUUAGACGACCUAGGAGGCAGCCUGGAGCGCCAUCUUCUGAGAGAGCACCGACUUAUCAAAUUAAUUAUCAAACCGACACUUUUGGACGAAUCAGAGCUGAGCUAUUCCUUGCAUUAUGCGUAAGUAGGCGAGAGUGUAGUCAAAUAAAAGCAAAUCAUUCUCGAGGCAUAAAAGCAGGAAGAUAGACCUUGAUAUUGUCUCCCGUUGUCCCGCUGCCUUUCGGAAAAUUAGGCAUCUCAACACAUUCCUCUUGUGUUAACAACUUUUAUACUCUAUAUAAACGUGUGUAGGGAAUGUUCUGGAGCUGUUACCUUUUCCUGUUAAUCGACAAUACGGCACUUUAGCGUCAGGCUAACCGCUUUAACUUAAUGCUAAUUAAAUUCUGUUUUUGGGGAUUUGCUUACGGUGGUAUUUGUUUCUUUUCUGUAGCUUCUGCAUGAAAAUGAUAGUCAGACAGAUAAUUCUCUGCCCUCAAGAAAACAAAACUCUAGUCUUUGGACUGUUAUGAAUUGUAUAGUGAGUGAAAUGGUACCUUAACCGACAUAUUACCUGCUCGUUAAAACAAGAUGCUGUGCGAUAAGCAUAUAGCAUCCACUCCAAAAUAUUUGGUAGGUUUAUAUUGUGAUAUAUUGUGAUAGCAUGUAAAUAAAAUCUCCUCCUCUGCAAUAAAUAUUUCUACUAAACUGA